AUGAAGAAAUUUGAGUGGUGUCCUCUUUGUCAUCAUACUACUGAAAGAAAUGUACUAUAUAUUUUUGAGAAUCUGCUAGACAAAAAAUUUCUAUUUUGUAGACCAUCAUUUUUGAAUGAAAUGCAACUCGAUAGGUAUAACGAAGAACUACAACUAGUAUUUGAAUUUGAUG